AUUUUAGUGCUCAAUGUUGGACUGGUCUUUGGUCCAAUUCCCAUAGCAAAUAAUGAAAAUAGUGUCAGAUAUGAAUAGAGAGCAGCAAACCUGCAUUCAAACAGCAAUAUUUGGUUUUAUUCACUUAGAGAGGCAUUUCUUGUUUUGAAUCCUCUUUUUCGCUUUUAAUCAUAGAUUUUAAAAUUUUAUUUCGAAUAUCUUUUAAGCCAUAGAUAUAAGUUUCAAAUACGAGUUUAAAUUAAUUUUCAAAAUUUAUAAUCAGACAAGAGCUUAGUGCCUCAUUAACACCAAGGUUACGCAGCUCUUCUUUGGUUACUCUCCCAAUGCCUUUUUUUUCUUUUCUGUAUUCAUUCUGACCAAUCUUUGGACUCUGUGACAGAGUGAAAAUUAUAUACUAAUGUGCAUAAAUAUUGCUUUUACUAAGUUCAAAUAUGCAAUCUUACAACACAUAAAACAAAAAGAAUGGCUAAGCCCAAGAUAAAAGUAUUAAACUAAGCACAUAAAAUACUACACCACUUAACCACUAAACAAUCUGCAGCUUCUUUUGAGAGCAUUUUCUUGCAAUAUUUAUGUUCAAAAACCUCACAGAUCCAACUCAUAUACUAGAUUCCCUCUUCUGUAAAAGCUAGAGGGGUCAUGGAGACUCAAAUCAAAUGAUGUUUUUCUUCUUGGUUUCAAAUGAACCAAAUCAAGGUAAAGUAAAACUAAAAAAACAGUUGUUUUUUUUAUGCUUCUUCUUUUGCCUUUUGAGAGGAGCUAAUAUGUGUUAUAUGGAUCAUAUUAGGUAAAGACUUUCUUGUUUUCAAUGUAGAUGUAUCCUUUUAGCUUACUCUUAUUCAAGUUUUUCUGAGUUCUGACUUAAGGAGGCCCACAGUUGUAUGAUAUUCACAUAUAUGCUUUCAAAAGUCUUAACUGUUGUAUUCAUCUGAUUCUUGAAAAAAGAGAGUUUUGAUAUCAACCCCACAAAUUAAAUUACUACUGACUAAACACCAUAUCAAGAAUCCAGGAUCAAGAUCAGUUUUUUUUUCCUACUUAAAUAUAGCAUUUUGUUACCUUUGCUGAGAAUGGAUGAAGUGGAAAUUCCUGUUGUUGAUACUCAAUCCCUUACUAUCAAGAUUGCAAAUUCAGGUCAGCAGAAAGUGACAGCAACAUCAUCUGCAUAUAACUCACCUUCUCUCAUUUCUCCUCCAUCUUCUGCAUUUGUUUCAGCAUUACAAUCACCUUACAUUUCUCCAAGAGCCACUUUAGUUCCAAAUUCAAAUCAAGAAACUCCCAUUGUUCCUCUUACCUCAGUUGUCCAUCCAUCCCCACCAGUCUCAUACUGCGGUUCGCAAUCUGAUGAUGUUCCCAGCACCUCCUACACUCCACCACCAGAAAGAUAUGAUUUUUCUGAUGAUCCUACAGACACAAAGCUCAAGAUUGUCACCUGUGUCCCAGUUUCAGGACCGGAAACCGAUCCCAGGAUAUCAUUUUCUUUCCCUGUCCCUCGAAUUUCGUUUGCCAAGGGGUCGGUUUCACCGGCUUCCAAUGCUAAACUUAGGAGCUGUGAUGUGUAUAUAGGAUUCCAUGGUCAGAACCCGAAUUUAGUACGCUUCUGUAAGUGGCUCAAAUCAGAACUUGAGCUUCAGGGAAUUGCUUGUUUUAUUGCUGAUAGAGCAAAGUAUGCAGAUAAUCAGAGCCAUGAGAUUGCUGACAGAGUUAUAUGCUCAGUCACCUUUGGUGUCAUAGUUGUCACUGGUUGUAGCUUCUUCAACCAUCAUAGCUUGGAGGAAAUAAGAUUCUUCGCGCAAAAGAAGAACUUGAUUCCUUUGUUCUUUAACACAGAUGCCAAUGAAAUUGCUAGUCUUUUUAACCACAAUGGUGAUACCAAGAAAUGUAAAGAGGCACUGGAUGUAAUACUAAAGUGCCAUGAGUUUAGAUUGGAGACAGAUGAGAGUAAUUGGAGAUCUUGUGUGUCGAAAGCAGCUGGGAUAUUAAGGGCCAAGCUUGGUAGGAAAAGUGUUGUAGAAAAGUGUACAGAAGGUUUUGAAGAGUUGCCCUUCCCAAGGAAUAAAAGUUUUGUGGGAAGAGAGAAGGAAAUUAUCGAUAUAGAGACGACUCUUUUUGGCUGUGGCGAUUCUUUCGAGCAAGAAAGUGUUGUCCCGAGUGCCAAAGGAGGAACACCAGGACAAUCUGAAGGUCUGGCUGAUGAUGAAAGUGAAGCUGAUGUUGGCAGAGGCAAAUACAUAAAUCUAGAGCUAGGAAAGAACAAGGAAACAAAUAAAGAAGCUUGGGUUGAACGAAAUUCGCUGAAGAGACCUAAGUACAGAAAAUCAAGAAGUGGUAAGGAUAAGAAAUUGAGUAUGAGUGUUGUAUGCAUAAAUGGGUUGGCUGGUGUUGGAAAAACGGACCUCGCUUUGGAAUUCGCUUACAGGUAUUCACAGAGAUACAAGAUGGUCUUGUGGGUAGGGGGUGAAGCUCGCUAUUUUCGACAGAACAUAUUGAACUUGUCUUUAAAUUUGGGACUGGAUGUGAGUGCAGAUGCAGAGAAGGAAAGAGGGAGGAUAAGGAGUUUUGAUGAGCAAGAAUCAGAAGCAUUCAAGAGAGUUAAAAGGGAGAUGUUCCGCGACAUGCCAUAUUUACUAAUUAUAGACAAUUUAGAGACUGAGAAGGAGUGGUGGGAAGGGAAGGAUCUUCAUGAUUUGAUACCAACUAACACUGGUGGUACCCAUGUAAUCAUCACAACACAACUCAACCGAGUAAUGAACUUUGAUCCGUUGCAGCUGCAGCCAUUGUCCACACCUGAUGCCAUGAUAUUGAUAAGGGGAAGACGUAAAAAGGAGUAUCAGGCUGGUGAGGUAGAAUUCCUCCAUAAAUUUGAUGAGAAAUUGGGAAGGUCUAGCUUUGGUCUGUGGGUGGUUGGGUCGUUGCUAUCGGAGCUUGCAAUACUGCCAUCUGCUCUAUUCGAAGCUGUGAAUCAGGUUCCAGUUGAAGAAACUGCAAGUUGCUCUAAUCUAUCCAUUCCACAUCAACAAUUCUGUAGAGACAAUCCAUUUUUAAUGAAAACAUUGGUUUUUUGUACAGCCCUCUUGCAGCAAAGCAACGAUAGCAGGGACUCUGUUGCUUCAAGAAUGCUUCAGGUAGGAGCAUGGUUUGCUCCAGCACCCAUCUCGGUGAAUUUACUGGCAGCAGCUGCAAAGAAAAUUCCUGUAAACAGAAACAGGUUCAAAAAGUGGACUAAAUGCAUGAAAGUUGCUCUAUGCUUCUACUCAGGCCAGUGCCUGACAAGCCAAGCAUGGAAGAGCGAAGAGGAAUCAGCACUGCUACUAGUUAAACUUGGUUUGGCACGAAAAGCCAACAGGCAAACAGGAUGCUGGAUCCAAUUCCAUCCCAUCACACAGAUUUUUGCGAAAAGGAAAGAUGGACUAGUUGCUGCUAAAGCCUAUAUUCAAGGUGCAAGGAAACUUGGAAACCCGGUAACAGAUUCUGACCAUCUUUGGGCAUGUGCUUUCCUUGUGUUUGGUUUCAAGUCUGAACCACCAGUUGUUCAGCUCAAGGCGAUGGACAUGGUUUUCUUCAUCAGAAAAACAGCUCUUCCUUUGGCAAUCAGCGCUUUCACAACAUUCUCACGAUGCAACUCGGCCUUAGAACUCUUGAAGGUCUGCACAAAUGUGCUCGAAGAAGCAGAGAAGUCAUUUGUUUCUCAAAUACAGGAUUGGUGCCACGGAUCUCUCUGCUGGAAAAAGAAGCUGCAAUCUAACCAAAGAGUGGACGAGUACGUUUGGCAAGAGGUGACAUUAUUGAAAGCUACCCUACUGGAAACUAGAGCAAAGCUGCUACUAAGAGGAGGUCAUUUUGACAGCGGAGAGGAUCUUUGCAGAACCUGCAUUAGUAUCCGAACUGUAAUGCUGGGUCAUAACCAUGCUCAAACUUUGGCUGCUCAACAAACCUUAGCCAAAUUAGUAAGGAUGAGGAGCAAAAUAUGAUCCCAAAAAGCCACCUUUUUUGGUGGCUCAGUUUUGUUUACUGUCACCAAGCUAUUCCCUCUUUAGUUCAUGUAACAUAGAAAUCAUCCAUUAUCAAGUACUUUUUACCACAUCAGUUCAACUUAUACGAAAUGCAUAUCGAUUUCAGCAAUU